UUUACCGUCCGGUCUAGUUUUAGACGGAAGCCGAAUCUCCGUGACUUUUUUUUUUUCUUCUGCUCAAUUUAACGGAGUCCACCGUGCAGCUGAACAACUCGUUAAAACUACCGGUUGGACACCGAACUACCGUUCAGCGAACUGCUCGGAGACGGUUGACACCGUGGACCACCGGAACGGACUUCCGGGAAGACAGAAAACGCUUUCGCACGAGCGGCUAUACUUUGGUGAUGUGUGAGCAGCACUGAUGGAGACGUUCUGAGGGUGACGGUGCUCCUCCUCCUCCUCCUCCUCCUCCUCCUCCUCCUCCUGAAGGCCGCCCAGAUGUUCUCUCUCGGUCAGGAAAACAUCUCCACCUCCCCUGCUUCCACCAAAGGGCCGGUGAAAUAUGGAGAGCUCAUUGUGCUCGGGUGCAACGGCUCCCUGCCCAGCGGCGACAAGGGGAGGAGGAAAAGCCGCUUCGCUCUGUGUCGCAGGAACAAAGCCAACGGCGUGAAAGCGAGCACCGUCCACCCGUCCUGCACGCCGCAGGCCGCCAAGGCCGUCAGCAACAAGGAGCAGCACAGUAUUUCAUACACUCUGUCCCGGGCACAGACGGUGGUGGUGGAGUACACCCACGACGGCCUUACAGACAUGUUCCAGAUCGGUCGCUCCACAGAGACUCCCAUCGACUUCGUGGUGACGGACACGCUGCCCGGGGGUCACGCCCACGCCGACGGCCAAACGGCCCAGAGCACCAUCUCCCGCUUCGCCUGCCGCGUCAUCUGCCAGAGGAACCCGCCGUACGCCGCGCGCAUCUACGCCGCGGGCUUCGACUCCUCCAAGAACAUCUUCCUCGGGGAGAAAGCGGCCAAGUGGCGGACGCAGGACGGUCAGAUGGACGGGCUGACCACCAACGGCGUGCUGGUGAUGCGCCCGCGCCACGGCUUCAGCCAGGGCUCCACACCCGGCCUGUGGAGGGAGAUGUCCGUCUGCGGCAACGUCUUCACGCUGCGGGAAACCAGGUCGUCUCAGCAGAGGGGCAAGAUGGUGGACCCUGAGUCCAACGAGCUGGUGGACGGGUCCCUCGUGGACCUCUGCGGCGCCACCCUGCUGUGGCGGACGGCCGAGGGCCUGGCGCACACGCCCACCGUCAAGCACCUGGAGGCGCUGCGGCAGGAGCUGAACGCCGGGCGGCCGCAGUGCCCCGUGGGCUUCAACACGCUGGCGUUCCCCAGCAUGCGCCGCAGAGACGUGGUGGACGAGAGGCAGCCCUGGGCCUACCUGCGCUGCGGCCACGUGCACGGCUACCACGGCUGGGGCGGGCGCCGCCACCCCGAGGCGGAGGCGGAGUGCCCGGAGAGAGAGUGCCCCAUGUGCCGGACGCGGGGCCCUUACAAGCCGCUGUGGCUGGGCUGCGAGGCGGGCUUCUGCGUGGACGCCGAGCCCCCCAGCCACGCCUUCGUGCCCUGCGGCCACGUCGGCUCGGAGAAGACGACGGCCUUCUGGAGUCGGAUCCCGCUGCCGCACAGCACGCACACCUUCCACGCCGCGUGCCCGUUCUGCAUCGAGCCGCUGGGCGGAGAGUCCGGCUGCAUCCGGCUCAUCUUCCAAAGCCCGCUGGACUAGACGCCACAAAACCACAUCAGGGUGGACAAGAACUGUACGCUUUUUUUUUUUUUCGUAACUUAAUUUUGUAUAACUUAAUUUAACUUAAUGUUGACCAGUAUAGAUGCCAGAUGUUGGCUUUGCCUUACACCUUUUUUAUAAUUUAUUCCUUUUACCUCUUCAGUAAAGUGUUUUUGUAAAUUAAUGUCUCUCACUGCCUUAAAACUGGAUUUCACUGUGACCCACUUCCUGUUUUUAAAAGCAGAAUAUUUAUGAAAACCGUAAAAAAAUUAAAAAAAUACACUUGAACUUUUUCGUGAUGCAGCGAAUGCAGAUUAACUGUAUUUUAUGACCUUUUUUAAUACUUUUUUAUCACGACUUUACAAAAAUAUAUUCUUUGGGAAAUAUUUUACGGCGCUGUCUUGUAAUUUUGAAAAACGUCCAACCUGAAUGUCACUUCCUAAACAAUAUGCAAAUGUGCUUCAGGCUUGAAUGACAAUAAACCAGCUUGAUUCGGUUGUCACAUGAGGAAGAAACUCUCAGUAAACA